UCUAUAUGGUCAUCACCUCGAACCGUAAAGUCAGUUAGUUCAGUAGGCAUUACCUGCGCGCAGUACACCGCGACGCUACACUGCGCAUGAAUUUAUUACUUAAGACUUUAAGUAAAAAUAUUUUUAAAAAAAUUGUUUUUUGUGUGUUGUGUGUUUUUAUUUGUGGUGUUUGUGUGUAAAUUCCAUCAUGUGCAUGCAUUAACCACGAAAACAGCGCACGAGACAACGAGAAAAUGCCGCGCAAGUUAUUGAAGUUUUUAAUUCUCUUCGACAAUACGUCGCUGCUGUACUUUCCCGGGCAGUUCCUCUCCGGUCGCGUGCUCAUCGAACUGCAGGAUGACACGCCCGCACUCGGAUUGCAUUUCCACGUCGUAGGCGAAGGAGUAGUUCGUGUGCGGACACCACGACAGGAGCGGGUCUACGACCGGGAAAACUACAUCGACUUUCGCAUGCGACUCCUCGGCGAACCUGGUCAAGGCCCAUCAGUACUCUCACCGGGUAUCCACAGUUUUCCAUUUAAACUGGGUUUACCACUUGGAUUACCAUCAACUUUCCUGGGAAAACACGGUUGGGUCCAGUAUUACUGCAAAACAGCCCUUCGGGAACCCAAUGGUCUCACACAUAAAAACCAACAAGUAUUCAUUGUGAUGAAUCCAAUUGAUCUUAACCUGGAACCGUCGAUUUUAGCAAACAAUAAUGUUUUCGAUCAGCAAGCAUUCCGCUGUGAAGUCGAGCAUAAAUUCGGCGUGGCUUGCGUUGGAUCCGGGCCUGUCAUCUGCAAGGUGACUUUGGAUCGUGGAGGUUAUGUACCUGGAGAAAGUAUAGGUGUUUCUGCAAGUGUUGUUAAUCGUAGUCGAGUGACAGUAAAAUGCACCAGGGCCGCACUAACAGAAACCAUCACCUAUAUGGCACGUGGUAAAGUAGUACAAUCCGAACGCCGUGAAUUAGCCGCCUUAUCACGUGGUAAAAUCCGCCCUGGCGAGCGAGAUGAGUGGAUAAACGAACAACUCUAUGUCCCACCACUACCACCAACCAAUCUUCGAGGAUGUCAUCUUAUUAAAAUCCAGUAUGAUGUAUACUUUAUCAUCGAGCCGAAGAGUUUCGAGAAAGAGGUAAAACUGCAGUUGCCGAUCAUGAUGGCGACGUAUCCACUGCGCGCUUCCGAGGAUAACGUCGCGGCGGCAUACAAGGCCGGCACGCAUUAUCCCUCAACGCUGCCGAUAUUCCGGCCGUGGCUGGACGAUAAGCCCGCCAUCGACUGAAUUAAAGUGCCAUUCGUUAGCGGGGCGCUCGAUAGUGAAGCUCGGCAGCUCUGCCAUUGAACCAGCCGCAUAUUUACUAAAACCCGUCUAAAACGCGCUCGAUCCACUCACUAAUCACUCGCCGCACAAUACAAAUCAGUCAGGGGCCAACAUCCCGAUGAAAAUCCACCAAUAAUAAUACAUACACACCCAGUGAACAUUUCAAAAUACACAAAAAAUUGUAUUAUGCAAAAAUUCUUAUUUCGCAUUCAAAGUUCGCGCACUAAUUCAAUAUCCAACUACGUAGUACAACGUGACACUUAACAAAUUUACAUCCCAUUGAAUUCGCGCCAGUAGCGAAUUGAAUAACAUAUUAAUUGAUUAAUAUGUACCGUCCGCACAUAAUGUUUGUUUUCUAUGAUAGUCUAUGAUAGUCUAUCAAUAACCCCGGUGCUAUACAAUGCGUUCAAAACUAAUUUAUGCUAAACAAACAAACUCAUACGAUAAUUACGAUUACUAGCAAAUUUCGAUAAGAUAAAGAUCAAUAUUUAGACCCUAGGAUUAAUUAGUUUUUAUUUACCGAUGCCAUUUUUAAAAUGUAAGAGUUUCUGUGGCAAUGUGGCAAUAGUCAUAAAUGUGUGUGACAAGACCGUUGUUAUUGCGCAUUAAAAUAUUAUUAACAUUAAA